CAGGAAUUAGUCGGAUCAAAUUAAACAAAGCAUGGUUGUUAUUUCUAAACAAUGUGGACUGCAAAAUUACAGAGGAUUUCUUCUAAAAGAAUAAUCCAAUGGAUGAAUCACACAAUAGAGAGAUGAUGAAUGCAAAUGGUACCAUGGUGUAUAAGUGUGAAAAGUGUUCCUUUACCACUGCCCAUGCCCAUCACCUUAGAACCCACCAAGAAACACAUGAAGCAGAAGCGAGUGGGGUGUAUGAAUGUAGUCUUUGUAACUAUCGAACUCUUCAUCGUUACAACCUAGUUGUCCACCAGAGGACUCACACAGGAGAACUUCCUUACAAGUGUGAUAUCUGUGGCAAGAGGUUCUCACAGGCUUCUACUGUAAGAAGACAUGAGAGGAUUCACACUGGCCAUCAGCCGAAACCCCAUAGGUGCCCCUACUGUUCAUACAGUGCAUUCCGCAUUGUUAAUGUGCAGAAACAUGUCCAAGAGAUGCAUGGCUCUCUAUUUCCAGGGAUGCCUAGCAUGCUGACACCAGGCUUUGAAAAGACUGGAGUGCCAUCUAUGAUAGGUUUGCCUGGUGCCAAUCACAGUAGUAUGAGGAGAGAAAGUAGUUCCCUAGACCAGGACAGUGAAAAUGGGGAGAACCAUCAAAAUUUAGAUAACCUGUCCCCUUCUGGUGGGUCAGAAUCAAAUGACCAAGUGCCUGGAAUGAGUGUGGAAAACACCCCAGAGAUGGGCCAAGAACAAACCCUUACAACACAGGAACACAACAGUCCACCUGAGCUCUUCCCUGUUGAUGCUAUGGAUCUGAGAACCACUGUUGCUGAACCUACUCUUCCACAGCAGUCGACCCAUGUUUCCUCUGAAGUAUCCAACCCAUUAGGGGAUGGUGGGAACAAAGAGGCAGUGAAAGUGGAACCCAUCGAUUACAUGUAUUCCAAAUACAGUGCUAGUUGGAGGAACGAGGGGGAGCUGAGAAAUGAAGUGGUUCUGGAUGAAAAUGGGGAUCAAGUACACCAUAUUGAACCUGAAGAUAUGUCAGAACCAGGUCCGUCAGAACAGCCACAGAAGGAUGAAGAAAAUGGUGACGACAAAAAAGAAGAGCAAGUACCAGCUGCCAUGCACAUCAUUCAAAAAGCUCCUCCAGCCAUGUAUAUGCCAAAGAAACAUAAAUGUGACAAGUGCCCUUUCUCCACUAAUUUUAGCUACAGCCUGAAAACCCACAUGCUGACUCACCAAGGGGAAAAGGCUAAGGUAUUCAACUGCAAUCGUUGCCCAUAUCGUACUGCUCUGAAACACAACCUAGUGGUCCACCAGAGAACCCACACUGGAGAAACCCCAUACAAGUGCAAUGUGUGUGGCAAGAUGUUCUCUCAGCAUUCCACUUGUCGCCGCCAUGAGCGUACUCAUAGUGGAGAGAAGGCUUUGGUUUGUCCAUAUUGUCCAUACAGUACCUUUCAGAAUUCACAUUUACAAAACCAUAUUACUGAAUUGCAUGGGAAGAUAUUUACCACAGCAACAAGCACCAUCCCAUUCUGGUCUGGGCCCCAGACACUUCCACCUGUGUCAACCUUAAUGCCUGGGUUUUUGUUUCCACAGAGCCAAGGGCCACCACCACCACUGCCACCGAUGUCACUGAAUCAACCCUCUCUUGGUUCCUCACCAGUGUUUUCCAGUCCAUCUUUAUCAGCCUACACACAGAAUCUAAGCUCUACAACUUCUGAACUCCGCUGUCCACAACUUCAGAGUCCAGAAUCAAUCCAGAGGGAUGCUGAAGCUAAAGCAAUGGGGUCAGAGCAACAGAAGGAUGAUGUACCAGCACGUCUUCCAUCAGUGUCCAUACAAAGCCCUGGACAGUUGUCCAGUUCUGCUGUCCAAAGUUCCAUCCACCUCCUUGGCAUGCAGGAUCCAGCCAAUUCUGCAGGGUCCCUGUCUGCAGAUGACCACGAUGCCACAGAUCGGGACAAUAUGAGUUCACGCGAGUCUGCUCGAAUCUCAUCUACCACACAGGAGCCCACAGAUGACCAGCUAUUACACCAGCUUAUUUCCAGAGGACGUGUCUUCCGCUGUGGUCACUGUUCUAUUCUUUUUAUGGAAUAUGCCAUGUUUCUUUUGCAUAAGUCACAGCAUGACAGCCAGAAUCCUUGGAGGUGUAACUUUUGUGGCAGAGUUUGCAACGACAAGUUUGAUUUCAUGUCACAUUUUGUGCAGUUUCAUCAAAGGCCAAAUCAGGCAAGUUGAAUUGAUUAAAUAUAGUGAUAGAUUUUUAUUACCACUUUGUAAUGUUCUACUUUAGUGUAGGUUUAUUUUAGAUACAUAUAUACAUUCUUUACGUAUUCAUAUUCCAGAGUUACCAGACAAACUUGAGAUAGAUUUAAUGUUUGUAUAGUGCAGUUCUUUUUCAGAUAUUGUGAAAUUGUUGUGUAAUGCUAUGGCAUUUACAUUUAAUCAAUAUUAAAGCUUUUUUAUUAUCAUUGAAUAAGCAUGUUGAUGUGUUUUGCAUCAAUGGGUUAACUGAAUAUAUGCAUUGUAACUGUUGGAAUUGGGAUUAUGUUGCUGAAAUAUUUAAUCUGCUGUUUUUUUUAAAAUUUACUUAUUUUAAUUAUAUUUUUAUACAGCCAGUUAUUUAGGCUCUAGCAAUGUGUUAACUUAAAUGACUGUUUUAAGGCUACAUCUAGAAGAGACUAUUUAACUUGGUAUAACAGUAGUUGGGUGUCAGUAUGAUCCAUAUCUCCAUAUCUCACCGUUACCUGAUAAGGAUUAGCUCACCAUAGGCAGCUAAUCUAAUCUCCCUGUUACCUGCUGGCCACCAUUAAUUUAGGUAAGUUGCAUGUCAUUUAGUUGAUUUUCACUUAGGUGGACCUGACUUAAAUGGAAACUAGGAGGAGGGGGGAUGGAUUCUUUAUUUUAACACAGGCAUUCAAACAGUCUGUAUCUUGAUGUUAGCUCUAAAACAAAUUUAGUUAACCCUUUGCAAGAUGGGAGUUUUCUUUAAACUACAUGAUGUUCAUAGGGACCAAAAAGCCUUGUAUAGUGGUCCAAGUGUUUGAUUUGUAGCCCAAAAGUUAAAGACCAUAAGGAGGAGGGAUUGAAACUGAUAACAUCUGCUUUUUACUAGUAAGUGCUUUGGGCAGCAUUUAACAUUGUAGCUAUAUGUAUUUUUCUUGUUAGGGCUGAUUUAUUUUAUAUUCCAUAUCUGUUUUCAGUUGUAAGACCAGAUGUUACUGGUAACAGUUAAUUUGCCAUGAGAGACAUUGUCUUGGUUAAACAUUUCAUUUCAUAUGAUAAAUUGCCAUAUCAUUAGAUAUCAUUUUUGUUGAAGAUUGGAAAAAGUAUUUCUCAGUAAAAAGCAUUUUUUCUUUUGCCCUGCAUUUCUGGAGAAAAAUCUCAACAGCAUAUAUUCAUUUGCUUACCCUUUUUUUUUACUACACCAAGAGUGAACUUUUCAUAUUGUUUACAGGAGAUGUAAAUAGCAUUAUUUUUGUACAAUAUAUUCUCAAAGCUUUUAGUUUUAUAUCUUACAUGUAGCAAGGUGCUUUUUCUGUAUGGAAAACCAGUCUAGUCUGUGUAAUCCAAGUGCAUGUAAUGUAAACAAUUUUUUUUUUGCAACAAAUAUGUAUAUCUAUUAGUAAUAUGUUUGUAUUGUUUAAUUUUAUUUCCAGUUUAAUUACAUCUAGUGAGAGGGUAAUAUGUUAAGUGUUAUUUGUUUGUACUACUCUUACUAGUUUUGCUUUGUUUAAUGACCAAUAAUGUAUAACAUGUAAGGGUAUGUUUAACAUCAUUUUACUGGAUGUAAGACCUUUAUAUUUCCAAGAUAUGUUGAUAAUUCACUAUAAAUGCCAAUAGAAGACUGUCAUUUCUUUCUUGUCGCAUAUCUUGCAUUCUGCACACUUAUGUGGAGCAGUUUAGAUCUGUGUCAGAAUGGCAGUGUCAGUAUGUGAAUAUUUACAAUGCUCUUUUGUUUGAAAAUUGUUUAUAAAGCAUAAAUGGCAUCAGUUAAGACCAUCUUAGUUAACAGAAAGAAGAAACAGGACCAUGAAUCAUAUCUUCCAACUACUCUGCUGUUUUACUUUUAAAUGCAAUUUCCUUAAGGUUUGUACAUAUCCAUUUAUCAGUUACCCUCUCCUCAGUGGAGAUGUUUGAAGAAAGUUUUACUCACAAGAAAAAAGUGACAGGUUUUUAUGACAAAAAAACACGAUUCUUGGCCAUAGAUAAAGAGAUUACCAUGGGCAUGGAGUUUAGGGAAACUUGAAGUACUUUUGGAAUGUUGGAAUUGUACAGGCAAAUUGAUGACAAAUACUAUACUAACCUUUUGUGAAGUUUCAUUUUCUCUCCAAUUUGUUUCUUAAAAGAAGUGGCUGUGUGGACAAAACUGGUAUUUGUGUCACUGGAAUGUUUUGUAUUUUGUAUUGUAUCAGAAGUAAAAUUACACAGUAUAUCAGAGAAGAAGAUCAACAGCAAAUUGACAAUACUGUACUUCACAUUUAUCAUGGCGUGGCCAUCUAGUCAUUCAUGCAAUUCUGUGACCAGAUUUUUUCCAUCUCUGAUCUGAACAGCGUAGUCUUUUGUGUAUUAACCAUAUAAACUAUAGAUCUUAUAAAUUUCUUGAUGGAAUACUGUUGACAGUAUUUUUAGAAAUGUACAGGUUAUAUUAUUCAUGAAAUAUAUGUAGCUUAGUAGCUCUUAUUGCCAGAGUAAAAGGUGUCUUUCAUAACUGGUGGGGGAGAGCAGUAGUGUUGCAAUAUCCAGUAUUAUACUUUCAUUUAUCCUAGAAAGUAGCCCUUUAUUUUUAUGCAAUAAUAUGCUCUUUUUUAUUUAAGUGUACAAAUAGUGUAAAAACUGCUGCUUUACAGUUAUACCUAAUAGUGAUUGUAAGGGCACUCUGCAGAUAUUUAAAGAAGACCAACCAUACUGAUCUGAAUUUCUAUGAUUUGGUGUAUGAGCUAUUGAAAGGUACUUAUUUUGAACUUGCAGCUUUAACAAUUUACUCUAUUUACUCUUUUUUGUUUUGUACAUUUCAUAUAUAUCCAUAUAUAAAGCAUCAUUUAUGUAGAGUAUUUUAUGCCAAAAGACCCGGUUAAGUCCAUAACAUUAUUUUAUUUGAUCAUGUUUAACUUUUUGUAUGUAUAUGAUUUGAUAAAUUUUGAAACUUUUAUACCUUUGAAUUGUAACAAAAUUUCUUAAAAAAAGAGUUGGAAUCGAACGAAAACAACCAGUGUUUUUACUUCAAAAAGGUAUUAAAACCAUAUAUAGCCUUUAGCAAGUGUUAUAUCCACAUGGCUAAUGCUUGUCAGUUAUGGCUUUCAAAAAGUAAAAGUAUUAUUUAGUAUUCCAGGAGACUUGUUUUGUGGAAUGUCCAUUUGAUCAUUUUUUCGAACAUUUGGUUUAAUACAGCUUCAAGGCACAAGUCCUCAACUUUUCUUUCUACAUAAGUAUGUUAAUAAUUAGAGAAUUGUGGAACUGAUAUAGUGUUGGGUACAAUCUUCUGUGGGUGGUGCUUCAGAGAAGCUUUUUAUACAUGCCCAUGUCAUUUUGUAGGAAAAUAAAUGCAUAUAUGUAACAAUAAACUACCAAAAAUA